CAGGGUGUUUUAAUUGAAGAUGUCUCGCGUAUACGUUGGAAACUUGGAUCCGCGAGUAACUGAACGAGAACUUGAGGAUGAAUUCCGCACUUUUGGAGUUAUCAGAAGUGUUUGGGUUGCAAGAAGACCCCCUGGCUACGCUUUCAUUGAUUUUGAUGAUCGAAGGGAUGCCCAAGAUGCCAUACGAGAGCUAGAUGGUAGGAUUAUUGAAAUUUACAUUGUGAAUAUAUAUUUAUUAUGGUCCAGUGAUCAUCCUAUAUUGAGGCCUGGAAUUCAUUUGUCUGGGUAUGAGAAGAUUCCUUUCUAUUUGGUGGGUUUGUUUUCAUGGGAAUUAAUGAUGUCUACUUGAUUUUACUUCUGCAUUUCCAAUUUGAACACACUUAGUUGUUUCACAUUUUUUCCAGUACACAGUGG